UUUCACUAUUUUCACUGGACAAGGUUCAAAUUAAGACCGAGAAAUAGAUGACGGGUGAUUGUAAGACAAAGAAAGAAAAAAGAAAAAAAGUGCCAGAGAGGAAGGGAGAGAAAGUAAAUAAGAGAGGGGAGUAAAAUAAAUAAUAGGUUAGGCGAGAGAAAUAAAAGGAGAGAGAGGAACAGAGAGAGAGAGAGAGAGAGAGAGAGAGAGAGAGAGAGAGAGAGAGAGAGAGAGAGAGAUGUGGCAAGUAGUAAGAAGUGCAGGGUAAGUGCCCAGAACUCCGCAAGAUUUAGUACCGUUAACAACGUUUCUGAUGUCCAUCGUACUCUCGGACCUGCGUGAUGGAGCACGACUACACGUGCAAGCAAUUCGCCCCACUGUGGUUCUGCAGGGCGAUAAUCACAACUUUCGAAUUUUAACCUGCCUCAAGUCCAACCAUGUGAGGAUGUACCUUCACUUCCCAGGUUCCUUUGGAACGCUUACCUUCACGCGUUUCUCCUGCGUCGGAACCCGCUAAAAACUACGAGGAUGAACGUUCUCGCUCUGUUCUUCGGCUGCUGUGCGCUAUUGUGCGUGCACUCGGUAUCGCAAGCCCUUGGUCUCGAACCCAAACCGAGGCUAACGUCUUCUGCAGCGAAGAGCGGCACCAAGGUCUCGCGCAUUCGCGCUGCGGCGCCGCCGAUUCCGGUCGAAGCGAUGCCCCCGCAAAGCGCAGCGCACGCGCCCUCAGGACUCACCGCACGCACCAGCGUAGCAAAGGCCAUCCUCGCGGCGCAUCAAAGAGCGUCGGCAAAAAGGAGCGUGAAGGUGAAAGGUAAAGUGGUGGAGAAAGAGAGACCGAGACAACCGGUUGUCACACCGCAUGAUUACAUGCUGUCUCUUUACUGGUCUCUGUCCACUGGGCAGAUAAACCGAAGCGCAAUGCACGAGGCGGGCAUGGCUAAUACCAUCACGAGCUUCGUGGACAAAGGACAAGAUGAGCAUGUGCCCUUGUUAAAGCGCCAGAGGUAUUACUUUAACAUCAGUUCCCUGGAGAAGGAGGGACUGCUGGGAGCUGAAUUACGUAUUCUCCGAAAGCCCUUCACUGAUCCUAUUAGAAACCCUGCCACUGAGGGCAGAAACUGUCUUCGACUUUACACAUGUGCCACAAGUAAGCAGAGGGCUAUGUUGCUCCAGUCGCAGCCCAUACAGGAUCAUAGCAUCCCAAAAUGGGAGGUGUUUGACAUUUGGAAACUGUUCAAGAGUUUCAGAAACACUGUUCAGCUUUGUUUUGAGUUGGAGGCAAUAGAUCAGGGCCACCCAUUGGACCUCAGGUCACUUGGCCUGGAUCGUUCAGGACGGCAAAACAAGGAGAAGGCCUUCUUUGUGGUGUUCAGCCGCACAAAGAAGCAUGGUCUCUUUUACAAUGAGAUCAAGGCACGCUCAGGCCAUGACAAAAAAACUGUCUAUGAUUACCUGUUUACGCAGCGCAGAAUGCGCCGGGCACCACUGCCACGUGUCAAGAAACUGAGCAGAAGUCCAAAGACACGGUGCAACCGCAAGGAGCUUCAUGUUAACUUUAAGGAGAUGGGCUGGGAUGACUGGAUCAUUGCACCAUUGGAGUAUGAGGCCUUUCACUGUGAUGGAAUCUGUGAUUUUCCCAUCCGCUCACAUCUGGAGCCCACCAAUCAUGCCAUCAUCCAGACACUCAUGAACUCUAUGGAUUCUCACUCGACACCUCCCACCUGCUGUGUACCCACGAGACUUAGUCCUAUCAGUAUCCUCUACAUUGACUCAGCUAAUAAUGUUGUGUACAAGCAAUAUGAGGACAUGGUGGUAGAGAGUUGUGGCUGUAGAUAGCCAAAAGUACUAGAAGAGAAUGCUAAAAGAAAUUCUACUAUUCUAAAGCUAGACAAAUUGUUCUUGCAUUCUGUGGCUUACUAUGUGGCAUCAGUGUCCUCCUUCAAGGCACAUCUUCUAACUGCCACUAGACUUGCUGGGUUCAAGCAUAUCAUUUAGGUCAUUGGAAUAGUUUGGACUAGAUACAUAGUAUACCUUCAAUAUAGAUACACAAAGUACAUUCUCGUAUUUGUUAAUCUAUUUACAUACACAAUCUUUAGCACAACUUUGUGAAGAUUGGUUCAAUUCACAUGUGAAGGAUAAGUCUAUGCAGAUGUUUUCAAUAUAUAUAUUUUUAAAUCUUCCUUAAUUUAUUACACAAACCUAAAUUAAUAUUCAAAUAUUUCAAUUCUUACACAGCUAAUUAAUUCAGUAACUUUGGGGCAUUUUCAGAUUUUCAGGCAACAUAAAUUCAAAUGUUAUGAUGGGGUGGUCUAAACUUAUGCUGGGAAAGCUCUCUGUAUUCAUAUUUAAGCAGGUACUAGACUUUAAUUUCUGGACAGUCCAUUUUAAAUCUGUUAAAUCUGUUUUUAUUAAGAAUGCACUACUUCUUUUUCUGUCAGUGGCAUGCUCCAGUCUCCUGACUUAAAGAAAAAAUAAUUUCAUAUUUCUACCACAUUUCUUUAUAAACAACAGAAAUGUUUUAUUUAUUGAGCUGCUGUUCCAUAUAGCCCAUUAAGACCAUGCACUGAUCACAGGCCAGCAUAUGUCUGUUGGAGUUUCCAAAAAAAUAUAAUUGAAUGAAUUUUAAAAACAUUAAUUUGUAAAUUCAUUGCAUUCAUUCAUUGUUUUCUUGGAUUGUUCUCCAUCAUUCCUGAAUCUUCCCGAAAAAUCACGUGCAUUAAAAUGAAAUGUUUCUUAAAGGACCCCAGAAUGACUCUUCUGAACUAACUAAAGUAAAUCUGAU